UUGUGAUGUUAUCAGCCGUGCUCCUUGCAUCAUGGAUGAGCCUGGUGACAAGUUCGUUAGACCCCGGGGAGCAGGCUAAGGUAUCCAUGGCCAUGGAUACCGCACAGUAUGUCCUAAGCGCCGUAAACGAAGCAACACAAGCUCAGUCGAAGGCUAUUACAGAAGCUUUGAAGAAGUCGCCUUCAAUGACAAGUGUUCAAAUUCUCAAGAGCCAGGAAAUACUUAGGAAAUUUGCUUCGACGGUCGGGAAGGCUCUCAAGGCAAUCCAGGGAUUUGCAGCAGUCGCAAGUUUCAUCUUCACGUUCUUCAUGCAAAGUGAGUUAUCUGUCAUCACUGAUCUGAUCAACGAACGUUUCAAAGAAGUCAACUCUAAACUUGAUAGUUUAGACGAGAAACUGGACGCGAUCGAAGUUUCGCUCAAGGCCAAUACGGCAUUCAAUACCUUCUUGGCAAUGUGGAUCAAGUGGGAAUACGCGUCCAAAAAUGGGGCGAAAAAGCUGAAAGAUAUCCGAAACGCCAUGUCCAGGACAACCCGAAAGAUCGAGAAAGUUAAGUUGGCAGAGGAAUACAUCAAGUAUUUCGAAAACAACAACUUGGAUGGUAACUUACUGAACCUUUAUAGAAUGGCGUCCCAAGCUGAAAGUACUACCAACCGUAACAUCUUCGACAGAUUCAUUGCUGAAUACGGGUGCGACAUCAGCAAGAUAUCGCAGCUGAUGAUUAUCAUUCAGAACGUGAUGACCAGCGCAGCACAACAGGAACUGACGUACUACUUCUUUAAAGGUGACCAAACGAGGGCCAUGAACAGUUUUGCAGAUGUCCAGAACUAUUUCUUUGAGAUUCGUCGCGCGUUUGACGACCGAGUUUGGUCUUGUAAAAGCAACUCUAUUGACCACGCCAGGAACGAUGCAAAGAAAACGAUGAAGGCAAUGAAAGAUUCGUCCAGAGAGGAUGUUGCGCAUGCUAUAUUCAAAGAACUGAAAGUGAAGUAUCCGUGGUACACAUGGGCUGUAGCUGCCGUCAACUCGGAUGGAAGCAGCAUUCGAGGCCUGGAAUGGCGCGGCACUACGUACUUUGUGCUCAAAGACCGAGCAGAUCCAGAUAAAGUGAAAUCCUACUACGUUGUCUACGAAGAUACGAAGGUUAUUGCAAGUUGCAAUGAAAUCAAGCAAGCAAAGACUUUGCUGGUAUUCAAACGAUGCGAUGGUUGUAACUCGGAUUACAUUUACGGGUCUGACAACAUUCUUUCUGGUAAGAAAUGUCAAAGCUCCACAUUGGAACAGCUGGUACCGUUGAAGGACGAACUUUUGUCAAGUAGCAGAUGCCCAAAGUGCACAAAGACUCAAAUCAGUAGUUACUUUGAUCUACGACUGCGGCGCUUCAUCAUUCCUAUAAUGAACCACUGUAGUGUGGCCCAGUGCGUGAAACAGUUAAAAACAGAAAUCGAACGUUGGGACUUCAUCGCAUCGGCUGUUAACAUUAACUACAACGUUUGUGGAUCGGAUAAAUGCAGCGGUCAUGGACAAUGCAAGUCGAUAUCGUUUACUACAACCCAUCAGUGUAUUUGUAACAGUUACUAUGAAGGUGAAUUUUGUGAGAAACGUAUCGAGUUUGAUGACAAGAUUGAGAAAAUGUUGUCUGAAUUAAGGCACAUUUUCAAUGUCGUGAACGGAGUCCCAACAGCAGUUGACAACUACUUCGCUAUCUUGUCCCUAUCAGAAAAUCUAAACCAAGUGUGGCAGAAGAUAAAAGCUUCGUUUGCCCACACCAACAAUCUCAUCAAACAUUCAAAUACCAUCAAUCAAGUUGAAUUUGUCGCCCACUUGUACACGAGACUACAGAAGAAUGCGUUAACCUUUGACCAAUUCGGCCAGCAACUUCACGGCUUCUUGCAGACUGUUUCCCCAUCUGAGCUGGAGUUCCGUUUGAAGAAUAUUAUCCUUGGCCGAGGUACUUUAGAAACACCAGGGAAUGGCAUAUAUGGUUCGUACAAACGUGAAUAUGCCAGUCAGAACGGUGGCGGCUGUUCGACCAAGUACAACACUGAUAUCAUGACUCUCCGCGACAAUUUAUCCUACCUAGACCAGACGUUUGGAGAAGCCCUUCUUCUUCACCAGAAGUGGCUUAUCGAAGCCAAAGCGACCACGGAGGAUGAGCGAGCCAAGCAUAAGAAAGAAGCUGCCAAGAUUUACAAUAUCUUCAAAGAUCGCCAGAAAGAAUACAACGAGUACUGGAAAUCAUACAGCUGUGGCCCCAUCAGCGUCAGUGGUACUAACGUUGACUGUAAGAGCGAAUUAACAUUUGAGGGUAUGGACAUAAAUUUGCUAUGUGACCAGAAGAGGAAAGCAACCCCAAACACGCUUAAAUGCCAACGUGUCAAUGGUACACUGAAAUGGAAUGGUCAGCCGGAAUGUAAAUUUGUUUGGGGUAAGUACGGUGGUUGGGGAAAAUGUAGCAAAACGUGCGACGGGGGAUACAAGUUCCGCUACAGGAGCUGCAUUGGGACUUCUGAUGUCACCAACUGCCAGAGAGACCAAGGCGGCACCCAAUCCGAGACGGCUGACUGUAACACUCAACUUUGCUGUCAGGCGAAGUACGGGAAAUUUAAGUGCUCAAAUGGCAAAUGUAUCUCGAAAAGCUAUGUCUGCGAUAAUGAUAACGAUUGUGGGAAUUUUGACGACGAAAGGAGGAUACACUGUCCGAAUUUUAUCCGAUCUGGUGAUAUGGUAGCUCUCGAAAGCAACAACCAACGUAGUAAAUGGUUGAGUUGCUAUUGCACGGUUAACUGCGGUGAGGACCGAUGCAAGCUACGAGGAUGCCCAGGCAGCACAAUGGACUCGCAUGACUGGUAUGAUUGCGCGGGGGAAAGAUUCAUGUUUUAUGCCAUAGACCGCAGUGAUGGUCAGGUUGUACGCCACGGUGACCGAGUGGCAUUUCAGUACGGAUGGGAUAGCUCUACUGACAGAGGAAACUGGCUUAGCUGCCAGUGGGGAUAUUGGGGAGGUUGAUAUUAUUGCCCGACACGAACAUGCCCUGGGUACAUCUGGCAAAGCCACGAUGCUGAUGCCUGCCCGGGUGAAUUGUUUCGGAUUUAUUCACCCGAUCGCCUGGGAAGUUGUUCCAGCAAGGUCCAAACCAAUUGCCGAGGCGAACCAAUACAGAAGGGCGAUACCGUGUUCAUUUUCCACAACACGUGGUUUCUCAGCGAACACGACGGUGACAUCAAAACACGACCUUGUCCCGGUCAACACAUUACAGAAUCCGACAAAUCCGGGUGCCGAUCCGAGAGCUGGAAAAUAUUUGCACGCUAAUUCCACAAAAGGCGGUGAAGGACGACAUGCACAUACAGACAUACAUACAUCGUGUGACAUUUCUUUCAAAAAGAGAUGCUUUUAUCAGCAAAACAGCUUCAACAUGGUUUAAGAUUAGUCGGGAAUAUAUAAAGGCACUGAACGAUUUAUCAAGACCUACCCAUGAAAGAUGGUUCAACCAAAAGUACUUACGAUAAUUGGCAUUGACUAUUAAUGUUAUCAAGUCGAUUUCUUAGUAUUCAUGUUCGUCUAUUCUCUUCUAAUCAAAAAUAAAAAUAUAAACGCAAG